UUCCACAGAACACCUCCCUCCUUGGAAACACUCAGAAGACGAUGUCAGCCCAGUCCCUUCCUGCAGCAACGCCCCCUACCCUGAAGCCCCCUCGGAUCCUCCGCCCGCCCCCUUCUCGCCAUCGGGCUCCACACUCCCCGGGGCCUCCCCACAAUGGCUCCUCUUCGAAGUCACUUCCUCAGAUUCCCAAUGAUGCAUCAGCCUCAAUGUGCACCUCCAUCUUCUGGGAGCCCCCCACGUCUUCCCUGAAGCCCCCUGCUCUUCUGCUCCCCUCAGUUUCUAGAACCAGCCUGGACUCUCAGACUUCUCCUGACUCUCCUGCCAGCACACCCAGUCCCAGCCCCGUGUCCCGGCGUUCUGUCUCCCCAGAGCCAGCUCCCUGCUCUCCAGUGCCCCCACCCAAGCCCUCUGGGUCUCCCGGAACACCUCUACCCUCGCUCCCUUUGCCUCUCCAGGAUGGCUCUGCCUCGGCCCCUGGCACGGUUCGUAGACUGGCCGGCAAGUUUGAAUGGGGGGCUGAAGGCAAAGCCCAGUCCUCAGACUCCCUGGAGCGAUGCUCCCAAGGGGGCACGGAUGUAAACGGGGAGAGAGAGACUCCCCAAGCCGUCCUUUCCGGGAAUGGGUCCCAGGAGAAUGGCACUCCAGAUGCUGCCCUGGCCUGCCCCCCAUGCUGCCCCUGUGUCUGCCAUGUAGCGAAGCCUGGCUUGGAGCUCCGAUGGGUGCCCGUGGGGAGUUCUGAUGACAUCCUCAGGGCCCCCUGCCGGGCAUCCCCACUGCGAGCCUCCCGCUCCCGCAUCAACCCACCUGUCAUCAGUCACCCUCCAGUUGUCCUUACAUCUUAUCGUUCCACUGCUGAGCGCAAACUCUUACCUCCCCUCAAGCCCCCCAAACCAACUCGAGUUAGGCAGGAAACCAGCACCUCUGGGGAGCUUCCACAGCCGGACCCGGAAUUGCCUUCAGAAGAUGGGAUCCAAACAGGGGACAGGCCUGAAGAAGUGCCUCAGAAUGCUCCUCCUGCAGUCCUGGAGGGAAGAGAUGAGGAAGGGUUGGAGUUGUUGAAGGAGCAGCAGUGGGAGCUGCCGCUGCAGGACGAACCUUUGUACCAGACGUACAGAGCAGCUGUGCUGUCAGAGGAGCUGUGGGGUGUGGGUGAGGAUGGGGGCCCCUCUCCGGCUAACCCCGGAGAAGCUCCCACCUUCUCCAGGCUCCCUGGACCUCGAAACACUCUGUGGCAGGAGCUUCCAGCUGUGCGAGCAAGUGGUCUCUUAGAGAGCCUAAGCCCCCAGGAAAGGCGCAUGCAGGAGAGCCUCUUUGAAGUGGUGACCUCAGAGGCCUCCUACCUACGCUCCCUGAGGCUACUGACCGACACCUUCGUACUAAGCCGAGCUCUCCGGGACACGCUCACUCCUCGGGAUCACCACACACUUUUCUCCAACGUGCAGCGAGUCCAGGGUGUCAGUGAGCGGUUUCUAGGAACAUUACUGUCCCGUGUUCGUUCUUCCCCACACAUCAGUGACCUGUGUGAUGUGGUACAUGCCCAUGCAGUUGGUCCUUUCUCAGUGUAUGUGGAUUAUGUACGGAACCAGCAGUAUCAGGAGGAGACAUACAGCCGCCUUAUGGACACUAACGUGCGCUUCUCUGCGGAGCUGCGAAGGCUGCAGAGCCUCCCCAAAUGUGAGCGGCUCCCACUGCCAUCUUUCCUGCUCCUGCCCUUCCAGCGUAUCACCCGGCUCCGGAUGUUGCUGCAGAAUAUCCUAGGCCAGACAGAGGAGGGGUCCAGUCGCCAGGAGAAUGCCCAGAAGGCCCUUGGUGCUGUGAGCAAGAUCAUUGAGCGCUGCAGCGCUGAGGUGGGGCGCAUGAAGCAGACAGAAGAGCUGAUCCGACUCACCCAAAGGUUGCGCUUCCACAAGGUCAAGGCUCUACCCCUGGUCUCCUGGUCACGGCGCCUGGAAUUGCAGGGGGAACUGACAGAGUUGGGAUGUCGGAGGGGCGGUGUGCUCUUCAACUCCCGUCCCCGCUUCACUCCUCUCUGUCUGCUGCUCUUCAGUGAUCUUCUGCUUAUCACUCAGCCCAAGAGUGGGCAGCGGUUGCAGGUUCUGGACUAUGCCCAUCGCUCCCUGGUGCAGGCCCAGCAGGUUCCUGACCCAUCUGGACCCCCUACAUUCCGCCUCUCUCUUCUAAGCAACCACCAGGGCCGACCCACCCACAGGCUACUCCAAGCAGCAUCACUGUCAGACAUGCAGCGCUGGCUAGGAGCCUUUCCCACCCCAGGUCCUCUUCCCUGUUCCCCAGAUACCAUCUAUGAGGACUGUGAGUGUUCCCAGGAGCUGUGUUCAGAGCCGUCCACACCUUCCAAGACGGAGGGGCAAAGCCUGGAUUCCAAGGUGCCCCGCAAGCAUCCACACAAGAAUCCUGAAGGUUGGCUUAAGGGGCUUCCUGGAGCCUUCCCGGCCCAGUUGGUGUGUGAGGUCACUGGAGAGCACGAAAGGAGAAAGCACCUUCGGCAGCAUCAGAAGCUUCUUGAGGCUGUGGGACCCUCCUCAGGCACCUCUGACACCCCUCAACCCUAAUGCCCGCUAGGGAGGGGACACAGAUGGGACACUGGUGGCAGCAUGGAGAAGACAAGGUCUGCCUGUCAAUCCAUAUCCAUGCAUCAUCUAUUUGCUGUCAGUGGAAACACUACCUCUAGUGGCAACCGGUAGACCACAGAGCUUCAGGACAGAGCAGUCCCAGGCCGACUGAUGACCAUCCAGGGAUUCAUUUCAUCUAAACUGAUCCUUUCAGAAACAGUGGUGGGAGGAGAAAGCUGGUGGCAUUGCCCAACCUCAACUACAGUUUCUGCUGAUGAGAACCUGUCUUGCAUGAUGCUGGAGAGGUGAGGGCAAGGACAGAACAGACCAUUGCGGGGGUUGGAGCUCAAGCCUGGGUAAAGGCUCUCUUCACCACUGUGCAAUGCUCUUUCUUCAUGUAUGACAACCUGCCCAGACAGAAACUGCCACGAUGACUAUGGGAGGUGGAAUGACUCUGGGGACUCGAAGGUGGAAGGGCACUUAGCAUGUCCACAGCUUUCACCCAGCAAAGUGCCAGCCACACGGGAAACCCUCAAUAAAGAAUUGUGGCGUUA